GAGCCGGAGAAGGCUGGAAAAAAAUGACAGCUUGUCAAGUUCAAGUUUUUUUGUUGUUAAUUUUGAUUAUUUUAGGAAAAGCAGAAGAUUUGAAUGAAGGAAAUGGCAACAAUAACAACAAGUUCAAUGUUGUUCUAUUUUUGGCCAAAACUAAUACCUGUGAGACUUACAGUCAAGACAGUGGAAUUCGAUUUUUACAAUUUACUGAAACUAAAAGAGUUAAACACUGUGCCACCAGUAUUACCGAAAAUCAGCCGGUGGAAACCUGCACAUCACAGGGAAAUGACUGUGAAGAGUUGCUCAAAACCGGAAUUUAUUCCUUAAUUAGUUUUUGUCGAAACACGAUGGGUAUGACUACAGCAGUAGCUUCGGUGGACAAUGAUACAUUCAGUGAUGGUCUGAGAUUCAGAAAAUCAACUUCUGAAGAUUUAGAAAUACGAUAUCACCACCCUAGAAACAUCCGAAGUCGCUUUGGUGUCUCCUCUAAUCAAAAAAUCCAACCGGAUUCACACUUAAUAACCCAACCGGAACAUACAGAAGUUUUCAGAAUUCGAUCCAAACGAGAGUUUCAUAUUGAUAACAACAAUCAAGGAAUGACACCAGUGGAUGAAAAUGACCCAAACUUUGACAUUUUUGGAAUUAUGGCCAAUAUUAAGUUAACCUUCUUUGGAAAACUAUUCGAUCAAGAGAAACCCGCUAACCAAAAACCGAUAGCACAGCUACAGAAUAAUGUCAUGAAUCAAAUAGGGAAAGUCUCAGAAAAUUCCCUCUUUGAUUUAGUCAAAGAAACACUGAAUAACGUCCAGGAUUGUCAAAAUGGUUUUCUCAUGAUAGUAAUAGGAGGGUGCUUGAAAGACAUUUCAGACAUCUAUUCACCUCUAAUGCAAAGUGUUAAACACAUUGUGGAGAAUACUGAUCCACAAAGCACCCUUAUUGUCCUUACAGGACAGUGUCCCGCUGGUGAAAAUAAUAAUAACCAAGAGUUCACGAUUCCUGUUUAUACCAGAGGUCCUCCAAAAUGUAGUGGAAUCGCAGUUUCAGAACAACUUUACGAUGUGCCCUACGCUAUAAAAAAUAUGUUAACCGAGAAUUACGGAGGGUCCUUCUUCCCAAACAUCAAAAGUAAAAGAAGCAAACGCAACACUCAACAAAAACGAAACAGUGCGUCACCCACUCAUCCCUCCUUCCUGUUCACCCUUUUCCUUGCAUAUCUCACAACUUUCUAAAAAUAAAUUCCUCCCAGACACUCCUUGCUACUUACUGGAUGCAUGGGCAUCCUAAACGGCCUCGGUCCUGGAGGUGGCGAAAAUCCGGGGGGCACAGGCGACAUCGCUGUCGGCCAUCUCGGCCUCGGGCACGCCAUGUAAGGCAACCGAUUGCCGAACAUGUUCAUUCCGGGACUUCCCAGUCUUGGGGGCGGCGAUUGGGUGUAGGGAGACGGCGGUCGGAAAUGGUGCGGCGACCUGCCGCCGCCUCCGCGGCCCCCUUGCCCAGACAUCACGCACUUUCACGAACGAGGAUCGGUCAUCGGAUCUACGAAACGUAACGGUUUUUUACGAAUUCUCGGAGUCGCAGGUGCGAUCGGAAGAAUUGUCUUGUCCCUGAGGCCGUGUUGUGGAAUUAAGGUCAGAGACGUCCUAUUUUUAGGAUUCGCUGAGUGGCAAAUGGAGUAAAAAUAGAGCGAUUGUCGAGGAAUGGGGUUGGGGGGAGGUCCGACCACUGGAGGUAAAUAUUUGGGAGUGAGGAUAAAAGGCUGGUGGAUGAAAGUCGGACAGCUCUUUGUGGAUUUACGACAAAUCGCAAUUAAACUUAAAUUUAUCUAUACUAUUCGGAACGAUUCGCGGAGGCGGAUCUAGUGAAAUUUUCUAAAAAUUACUUUUUUACAGCCCGAUUUGUUUUUUAUUUCAGUGAGACUGUCAUAGUUCCAGAAAAUUCGCUUAUAGAAACUUUACAUCACUUUGAGAGAUUUUGUUGCCUCGGUUAUUCUGGAAUGUUUUCAAUUUUCCCACGUCUAUAUGAUCACAUUUAUCAACAAUAAUUUAAACGCCAAGGCACACAAACAUAAAAAUUGUGUCAAAAAUGUAACAGAAAUUUAUUAAACGUCCAGGUGUACCGAAAUUUUUUCUUACAUCAUGUCCCACACUUGGACAGAUUUAAAUAGUUAUAUUGCACAUGUUUAUUUUACUUCUGAACGUC